UCGGGGGACCCACUGUUAGAGAAUACCACUGCAUUUUUAUUUUCUUUUACAGUCCUCUCUUUUUUUUUAUAGUUACUUCGUAAAGAUGUCUUUUUCUUGCAAUCACUCUCUGGACGGCAGCUUUCCUCCCUCUCCAGCGGAGGACAGGGGCUCAAAGCGUCUGUCCUGGGGCAGCUUGCUGCAGAGACUGACCGAGCUGAAGGGGAUCAAUCAGAGGGUCACAGCAGACCAGUGCUGCGGGAGUGAAACUGGAUCUCUGGCUGACAUGUCCCUGUCUGAAUGGGAUAGCACUUUCUUCUGUGAUCCCCUGGAGGAAACCUUAGCCACAGAAGUUGUAGCAACCAUCACACAAAGCCUCAACAAUGCAUCCCACAUCCUUGGCUGCUCCAGACUCAUCUUACCUGACAGUCUGCUACACAGUAUCAGUCAGGAGCUGCUCCACCUGGCCGUGUGUGAGCCCUGCGGCCUAAGGGGAGCUCUCAUCGACCUGUGCGUAGACAGGGGGGAUCAGGCCUCCCUAUGUACUGUGGACCAAAUAGCAGUGGAUGCCACCCUGGUCCCGACCUUCCACGUGACCCUGGUGUUGAGGCUCGAGUCCAGUGGAUUAUGGCCAAAGGUUCAGAGGCUCUUCAAGGGUAACAGGUCCCCACAGACAUCUGCAACAUAUCUGGGACACCAAAACACUCUCAAGCUGAGUACGAGCUUCAGGGCUAUUAAAAGGAAACUGUAUAGUUCAGGGGAGCUGCUGAUAGAGGAGUGCAGCUGACCAAGUGCUCCUUUCAUGAUAAGCUGAACUAAAUUCAUGUAGACUGUGAAAAGAAGCAGCAUCGAUGUCAAAUGGCACUGACAAGAUGGUCCUGACGUAACUUGUACAUGUCUCUGUUGGUAUUGUGUGAAUCUAGGGUUUCCCUGGAACCAACUUAUGUCUCAUGGCAGCUACUUACCUGGUAGAAGGUGACUCAACAGUGAAGACUCAUGAUUGAAACAUGGGUCGGUUCCUUUGCUAUGAAUGUAAAGUCACGCCCUCAAGGGAAUGGCUUAUGUAUUUGACAGUCAAAUCUUAUCACUUGUGUAUUUUGUAUUUUUAACGACUUGAAGAACAUGAAAGAAUAAAUUAUUUUCUAUUAUACUUUGUCUCGGUUUUCCUCGAAUUUUCUAGUAAUCAGUAGUUGUGUCCCAUAGCCAUACUUCAUACUAGUCCUGUACAUUAUGUGCUACAUACAAAUAAUCAUGACACACUGUUUUUGCAGUCAGUAUAAUAAAAAACAACCUAAUUUGAAACAAACAGGAAAUGUUACAAUACAUGCAAAGUCAAUCAAAGUGAUACUUUGGAAUAUCACUGGAAUUUAA